CCUCCGCCGGCCGAGCGCAUCAUUUGUCGUCGUCGUCGUCUUCGUCUGCGCUGCGGGUUGGAAGAGACGGCAAGCAAGAAAGAAUGGGGAACUGCGGGUUGAAGCCCAAGGCGCUCGGCGACGACGAGGCUGCCGCUCCCGCGCCGGCGCCUGCCGAGGCCAAGGGCGAGGAGGUGCCGGCGGUGGAAGCUGCGGAGGCACCUGCCGAGGAAACCAGCCGGGCCGUCGAGGUCGGGACAACUGAGGAAGCCACGACCACGCCUGCUGAAACGAAAGUAGCCGAGGAGCCGAAGGAGAAGGAACCGGCGGCAGCAGAGCCGGCUGCCGUCGAUCUUCCACCGUCCGCGGGGGCUUGACCGUCGCUUGAUAUCAAGCGCUGCAGCUACAAUGCCUGCUAUAAUGGUUGUGUUGUUGUUACCUGUUCAGCUUCAGUUACUUCCAAGACGACUUCUGUGUUCAGAGUGAUACUAGUAGUACUGUAAUUGUUGAUGACAGUUCCUGAAUUGUUUGGGGGCAUGCACGAGACAUAUGGCUCCGUUGUCUUUGUUUUUGCGCCGCCUGGUUUCGGUGGACGCAGAUCGUUUGAUUCUCUUCUAGAUUGUUGGCUCGGAGGUUAAAAUGGAAUUGUUAUUGUUCGUUGA